AUGCUCCCACUGUUUCUGCUGUUGCUAAGUCUGCAGUGCCUUAGCCAGCCUGCACGAGCAUCAGAGGUACGUAGAAAGUUGUUGACUUUGGUUUCUGAUGAAACUGUGAGUGCUCUUAACUUCUUCGAUGAUGACACUGAGGAAACGUCUGCUGGUGAUAUUGACAGUACCGUUGACUGGCUAUUUGACCUUUUUGAUGUGUCAGACAAGUGUAACCCAAAUCCCUGCGAGCACAAUGGCACGUGUGAGACUGGUGCUGCUGGCACUCUCAAAUGUUCCUGCCCUUGGCCCUUCAGGGGCAAAAAGUGUCAAGACGUUGAGAAAGUGUGUAAGAAUGUCACGUGUGGCCGUGGGGAGUGUGUCCGCAUUAUGACAGAGCCGUUCUAUGAGUGCAAAUGCAAAGUCCCCUACCGGCCGCCCAGCUGCAGGACGCCCUCUGCCUGCGCCCCAAGCCCCUGUUUGAACGGCGGGACAUGUGUAAAGGGCCGCUUGAGAAGGCGAUUCACCUGUGUGUGUCCUAACAACUACAGCGGGAAGUUCUGCCAGAUUGGGCCUGAUGACUGUUAUGAGGGGGAUGGUGAGUCAUACAGGGGGUUCGUAAGUCAAACAGUCGACGGUCUGGAAUGCUUACCAUGGAACUCUCACCUCAUACCAUACACUGAUUUUGAAGAAGAAGAAGAUGGCAUCGGACCCCAUAAUUACUGCAGAAACCCAGAUGGGGAGAGUCAGCCCUGGUGCUUUAUUAGAAAUCGAGGCGAGCUGCAAUGGGACAACUGUAAUGUGGCCCGCUGCCCUGAGCCAGAGAACUAUACUGAACCAACCAGCGAUGCCCCUCUAAAGGACUUCUCUGUGUGUGGGAUACCACAGCCUAGCAGGGCUUUGGGUAAGAUCUUUGGAGGGAGGAAGGCCAAGCCUGGAGCCCAUCCCUGGCAGGCCUCUCUGCAGAUACGCUCUAAAGGCACCACUGACCCAUUCAGGCACAACUGUGGGGGAAUCCUCAUUGAUUCCUGCUGGGUCCUUACUGCUGCUCACUGUAUUGACAACGAGAAUGAGCUACAGGUGUCUCUUGGUGGCGUGGACCUGAAGAAGGAUGAGGCAGCAGACCAAACUGUCGGGGUGGAGCAGUACUUUGUCCAUGAGAACUACACGGAGACUGAUGAAGCCCUGUACAAUGACAUAGCCCUCCUCAAACUGAAGGCUGUGGACGGGGUAUGUGCCAAGGAGACCAGGUUCGUCAAGACCGCCUGCCUGCCCGAAGACACAUUACCUGAUGGGAUGGAGUGUAGCAUAUCAGGCUACGGGACCACUGAGCACAGUGAAAAAGGAUCUACACAGCUGAUAGAGGCAAAGGUGUUGGUUAUUCCCCAGGAGCGCUGCAGGAUGCCCCAUGUCUACGGGAAUGUGCUGGACGAGAGCAUGUUAUGUGCAGGACACAUACAAGGAAUGAUUGACUCCUGCUCGGGAGACUCUGGGGGCCCACUCGUCUGUAAUCGGAAUGAAACAUAUUAUGUGUACGGAGUGGUAAGCUGGGGUGACGGAUGUGGCAAGAAGAACAAACCUGGCAUUUAUGCCCGUGUCACCCUUUUCCUUGAUUGGAUCAAAGAAAAGAUGCACUCUACAUAGAGAUUGUAUGAAAGUCAGUGAC